CCCCGCCCCCCCCACGCAGCGCUGCCCUUCCCCAUGGAGAGGAUGAGCUGGCUGAGCAAGCUGAACCCCCGGGCGGGGGCCGGGGGGCACCGGGGAACCCGCGGAGCCAGCCUGCAGAGCCCCAUGGCGGCCGACCCCGAAACCUGUCUCAUGGUCUUCAAGAAUCACUGGGUCCAGGUGCUGCGCAUCCUGGAGAAGAGCCCUGCCUCGCGGGGUGGGGCGCAGGGGGGCGCGGCGGACGACCUGAGCGCCGUGCGCAACCACACGCUGCAGAUGCUGACGCUGCUGGCGGAGGAGCGCCCUCGGGCGGAGGGCUCCCCGGGCCCCAUCCUGGAGCUGGCGCUGGCCGAGAACGUCCUGGGCCGCCUGCUGGCCUGGCACCUGCGGCGGGGGGAGCCCCCCGAGGAGCGCAAGGCCGAGCUGCUCAAGCUCUACGAGAUGCUCCUGGGCCAGGCGCACCAGCCCCUCCUGCGGCACCGGCCGGUGCUGGGCCCCCUCCUGCGCCUGCUGGGCCUGUGCGCGGGGCCGGCCUCCGCGGCCCUCGAGGGCAGCCUGGUGCUCCUGCUGCACCAGCUCUGCGUCUCGGCGGCCAGGGAGCCCCCCCUGCUGGAGCUCUUCUUCCACAGCCCCCCCGCGGCGGGAGAGCCGGCCCCCGCUGCCAACCUGCUGGUCUUCUCCCUGCUGGUGCCCUUCAUCCACCGCGAGGGGCUGGUGGGGCAGCAGGCCAGAGACGCCCUCCUCCUGCUCAUGGCCCUGUCGGCCGGCAGCCACACCGUCGCCCGCUACAUCACCGACAACUCCUUCUUCUGCCCGGUGCUGGCUACUGGCCUGAGCGCCCUGUACUCCUCGCUGCCCCGCAAGCUGGAGGUCCGGGGGGACGACUGGCACUUCCUGCGGCGGGAGGACUGGGUGGGCGUUCCCUCGCUCGUCCUCUUCAUGAACUCGCUGGAGUUCUGCAAUGCCGUCAUCCAGGUGGCUCACCCGCUGGUCCAGAAGCAGCUGGUGGAUUACAUCCACAAUGGGUUCCUGGUGCCGGUCCUGGGCCCUGCCUUGCACAAGACCUCCAUUGAAGAGAUGAUUGCCAGCACGGCCUACCUGGACCUGUUCCUGCGCAGCAUCAGCGAGGCAGCCCUCCUGAAGACCUUCCUGCGCUUCCUCCUCCUCCAUCGCCACGACAACAGCACCAUCCUCGACACGCUCGUCUCCCGCAUCGCCAGCAACUCCCGGCUCUGCAUGGUCUCGCUCAGCCUCUUCCGCACUCUGCUCAACCUGCACUGUGAAGACGUCUUGCUGCAGCUGGUGCUCAGGUACCUGAUCCCCUGCAGCCACGUCAUGCUGAGCCAGAAGCGGGCGGUGAAGGAGCUGGACCUCUACGGCAAGGCGGCCAGCAAGUUCCUCUCGCUCGUCCCCCAGUGCUGCCGCCCAGAGAGCCCCCCGCCCCCCCAGCGAGAGGAGGAGGAGCACGCCACCUGGUCCAAGGGUCACGGCAGCCCCAGUGUGGACUCCUCCUCGGUGGUGACGGUGCCCAAGCCCUCCACGCCGUCUCGCCUCUCCUUCUUCAUGCGCCAGCCCAGCUUUGGCCCCGAUCCCGCCAGCCCCGCCUCUCCCCGCUCCCCGGGGACCCCCGUCGGCAGCCCCUCCCACCGAACCCCCCCUCGCUGGGAGGAGGCCUGCGAGUUGGAGAGCAACUACCUGGAGUACCUGCGCGAUGCCCGCCUGAACGUCGACCGCUGCGUCUGGGCCUGCCGCGUCUGGUCGGCCCCCUACGACGGAGACCGGCCCCCUCCCACCAGCCUGGACCCCUCCCUGCCCCCCCGCCAAGGCGACCCCCUCGCCUACACCUCCUUCCAGCCUGGCGGGCACCCGGGGCCUGCCUCCCCCCGGACUAAGAAGCGGGGCCUUCCGCCUGAGGAGGGGGCCGCCGCCAAGGGGACCCCGGACACUGGCACCUCGCCCCCUGCCGCUUCCCCCAGCAGUGAGGACCCGGGGCCCCUGCUGAACGGGGCGCACUCGGACCCUGCCGUCAUCAAGAAGGUCCGCCGGUGCCCUCAGGAGGGGGCCGUGGUGGAGAACGGGGGCCUCCCAGAGACCCCCGGCCCAGAUGAGUCGCUGGCGCCGGCCGAGAACGGGGGCGCCCAUCCCGUGGAGAGGUUUGCGGCGGAGCUGCGGCGCCUGGAGGACGAGAUGGCGAAUGGGGGCCGGGAGGAGGAGGAGGAGGAGGAGCCCCCCCAGGCGGACCCCCUCAGCCCCGAGGAAGAGGAGGCCUAUCGCAGCUUCGCCACUCCCCUCGAGGGCAGCCUGGGGCCAACCCGGCUGUCCGACCCACUGGCGCAGGUUGUGGGCAGCCCCCCGCCCACCCCGGGGGCCCUCCCCAGCCAGCCUUUCACAGGGCCCUUUGUGGCGGUGCUGCUGGCCAAGCUGGAGAACAUGCUGCAGAACUCGCUCUACGUCAACUUCCUCCUGACGGGGCUCAUCGCCCAGCUGGCCGCCCACCCUCAGCCGCUCCUGCGCUCCUUCCUCCUCAACACCAACAUGGUCUUCCAGCCCAGCGUCAAGUCCCUCAUCCAGGUCCUGGGCUCGGUCAAGAACAAGAUAGAGAGCUUUGCUGCCUCCCAGGAGGACUUCCCCUCCCUCCUCUCCAAAGCCAAGAAGUACCUGGUGGCCCGAGGGAAGCUGGACUGGUCAGACACCCAGAACGCUGCGCCCGCCCUGCGCCGCUCGGAGACUCUGGUGAAGAGCCGCAAGCCGUCCAUCGGGGAGCUGAUCAUGCGCCACACCAACAGCCCCACGCGGGCGCGGCAGGCGGCCCAGCUGGCGCUGCAGCACAUGCGCGAGGGGCCGGUGAUGCAUGCGCUGGCGGGGGGCUCCUCCCUCUUCCGCACCUCGGCCGAGAAGCAGAGCGAGGCGCUGCGGGUCAAGAACGCCGUCUACUGCGCCGUCAUCUUCGCCGAGUUCCUCAAGGAGCUGGCGGCCAUCGCCCAGGUGCACGCCGUCACCUCGCCCUUCCUGCUGGAGCCCCCCGAGGAGAAGGCCGAAGCGGGGGGGCAGGAGUGAGCGCGGCCGGGACCCCCCUCCACUGCCCGCCUGCUCCCCCCACCCCAACGCCACUCCACGCCCCCCGUCCGGGGCUCUUAACUGGAAUCUCCCGACUCUCCCUCACCCCCCGGCUCAGCCCUGGCUGGGUCUGCACUAAUCGGGGAGCCUGUGGGGGGCACCCCGUGGGGCGGGUGGGGGGCACCUUUUUAAAAGAAAACUCCGUACCAGGACAAGGACCUUUUUAAUUUAUUGGGAAUGAAUGUUUUUUUUUCUGGAGAAUUCGUUGCAAUAUGUAUAAAAGAAGCGCUCUCUCUC